AUGGCCACACCUAGUGCUGAAAGAGUACGGCAAGCCACCACGAAGCUAUUAGAAGAAGCUCGUGCCAAGGGGAAAUUGAGGCAUGUUAUGCCUUUGGAUCCGUAUCCUGUAACUUUGUUGCGACUUAUGCCCACUGUAGCAAGCUCACUGUACGCAUUGUGCACUGCAAAAGCGUACAAGACGUCUAUCAAGAAAACGGUCGUCGACUAUCUGGCAAGGCAAAGUUCACAGCCGUGUUCUCCUAAUGCUAACGCUAUCCUCCUGAAGGACAAGGCUUCAACGCCACCGAAUGAAGCAGAUGGUGAAAAGAGCCUGCCAAAACCCUCAAAGAAACGCAAGGUAGGGGCCGAUGAAGAGCUUGUCAAACCUCGCAAAGGCGCUUCUAAGCCCAAGACGUCGCCCGGGAAGAGCAAGAAAGGAAAGCAGGUGCCCAAGUCAUCUGUUAUUGUGGACUCUGAAGCGUCCAAAAUAUCUGAAGACGAAGUUCCAGCUAGGAAGAAGCAGGUUAAACCUCCGAAAAAUAAGGCUGCAUCAGAACUGCAGAGUGAGGGUGAGCAUGACGACGAGUAUGAAGCGAAACCUUCUGGCUCCAAACGCUCUCAAAAAGCAUCCAAAACCAAGAAGUCGACCAGCAAAGUCGCUGUGAAGGAACAUAAAUCAGCUUCUACUGUCGAGUCUUCUGGGGAUGAGGCUGAUGCUAAGCGUCCAUCCGAAUCUGUUGUGACGUCUCUAAAGAAAGAAAUGCCGUCACCUAAGAAAUCGCCUUCAAAGGAGAAGCCUCUAUCCAAACCUAAGUCGUCCACCAAGCAAAAUGCGAAACAUGAGGCAGACGACGAGUUCGAACAUGGAGCGAGUUCUUCCACCUCAAAGCCUCAGGAACCCGUCGUUCUGAAACAUGCACGUCCCCACAGCGAACCUGAGAACGACUCCGAUGUGUCAGUGGUCAUCGAUGAACCCCCGAAGAAAAGAAGGAAGAAACAGGAAAAGGAUUCAAACAAGAAAGCCCUAACAGAACGUAAGAAGACACAGAAGAGCAACAUAGGAGGGUCUAAGGAUGAUGAGACUGUCUCCAAACUCAAGGCUAUAGUGGUUGCUUGUGGCGUGCGCAAGAUGUGGAAGAAAGAAUUCGCAGAUUUGGACACACCGUCAGGGCAAAUUAAACGGCUGAAGGAAAUCCUCAAGGAUUUAGGGAUGACAGGUCGUCUCACUCUGGAGAAAGCAAAGACCAUUAAAGCAGAGAGAGAACUCGCACAGGAACUUAGGGAUGUGCAAGAUUUCGCAGAGGCGGAACGCCGGCGAGAGACGAGGAAAGAAAAGGGGGUAUCGGAGGAUGAACAAUCAGGAUCAGGAAGUGACGAUGAGGACGAGGGCCCGCCAGUCAAGAGGAAGAAAACUGCGGGCGCGAGCAUUCUAGCCUUUUUGGGGGACCAGAGUGACGACGAAUAA